GGCCAGCACCAACCAGGAGGGACACGGGUCCAAUAAACAUGUGGCAGCGUUCAGUCUACUCAGUAUCCGUCCACGUCUUCAGGAGUCACAGAAUCAAACUCUUCCCAGAUAAUAUUCUCAAGACCUGCCUCCAUCCUCUCCCCUGAAUCUACCUCGUCAGAGUCCAGAUGUUCCCUAAUCUGAGCGAUUUUAUCAUACAGAUACUGUACAAAGUCCUCGGCUCUAUCCUCAUAGUUUAGGAAAACUAUGCGAUUUUGGCCACUGAAUACUGGAGUGGAAGGUUUGAAUGGAAAGCUCCCUGGGUGUCAAGGGAGCAAGUGCAUCACAGAGACCUGUUUUGGAUACAAGAUUAUUUUCCAUGCAAAAACUGGCUCCAGUUAGGAUAAAGUGAUAUCUGUGUACAGGUGUUGGAAGUCUUCUUGAGAUGGAAGAUCUCAAGAAGGGAGCACUAGAAGGAUGGCUAGAGGAGCACGACCCGGAAGCCACUCUGAGCCUAGAGCAGAGAGCCUUAAUGUUGGAGAGUAUAGAGAGAGAAGGAAGACCAAGCGGUGUCAUUAAUGCAGGUGGGAAAGAGCAGGCAGAGCUUGAUGUCCCCGAUAGCUAUUCAACAGCUGACGACUGCCAAAACCAAUCCAAGGUAGAAGACCAGAGGUGGAGAAGCCAGGUGAGAAGACGCCGGAUGAAAGAGGUUUCCCAAGAUCCUCCAGGUUUCAUUAACCUCCUGGGGAUCCUGGAACCGCCACCUCCUCUUCCGUCCUCCGCACCCCAGAAGGUGGUGAACAAGCCCUUCCAUUGCACGGAGUGUGGAAAGUGUUUCUCGCAGAGCUCCGUGCUCAUCGAGCACCAGAGGAUCCACACAGGGGAGCGGCCCUUUGUGUGCAAUGUGUGCGGAAAACGAUUCUCCCAAAGCUCCACCCUGAUGGGCCAUCAGAGGAUCCACACAGGCGAGAAGCCCUUCGCCUGCCCUGAAUGCGGACGGGGCUUCAGCCGCAGCUCCGCUCUGACCGAGCACCAGCGCACCCACACGGGAGAGACCCCGUUCCCCUGCCGGGAGUGCGGAAAGGCCUUCAGCCGCACCUCCAACCUGGUGAAGCACUUGCGCACCCACUCAGGCGAGAAACCGUACAGCUGUGCCCUCUGCGGGAAGCGCUUCUCGCUCAGCUCCAACUUGCUGAAGCACGAGCGCACCCACUCGGGGGAGAAGCCCUUCCCCUGCCCCCUCUGCGGGAAGCGCUUCAAGAAGAAGACCCACCUCGUCUCGCACAACCGCGUUCACACUGGAGAACGGCCCUACCGGUGCGAGGAGUGCGGGAAGUGCUUCUCCCAAAGCUCGUCUCUGAUCGAGCACCAGAGGAUCCACACUGGAGAAAAACCCUACAAGUGUCCCCAGUGUGGCCGAGGCUUCUAUGUCAACUCCAAACUGGUCAAACACCAGAGAAUCCACACGGGGGAGAAGCCCUACGCCUGCUCGGCCUGUGGGAAAACUUUCCGAUACAAGCAGCAGUUUCCCCGUCACCUGGCCCACGUCCACCCAGGGGAAGAGCAGGUUUCUGUCCUUAACUUGGGGACCAGUGUUAAUAUGCUACUCUCCUAAAGUGUAAUCCCAGUGCCCAGUGGCUGGCCUUUUAAGUCCCAGAAGGCUAGUCCCAGUCAGAGGCAGAAUCGUUGCGAAAUAUGGUUGAUUCCUAGAAUAGCAUCUUUUGUUGAACGAUUCAAGCAGUUUUUGAGGUGCUCCAACUUACAGAGAUAGUCCUUGACGCAAAACCACAAUUGAACCCAAAACUUCUCUUGCUACGCAAGACAAUUUUUAAAUGAAUUUUGCCCCAUUCAGUGAUCUUUCUUGCCACAGUUGUUAAGGGAAUCAAUGCAGUUGUUAAGUUAGUAACUGAACUGAAUCUGGCUUCCCCAUUGAUUUUGCAUGUCAGAAGCUCGCAAAAAGGGAUCAAGUGAUCCUGGGACACUACAAUUGUCCUAAAUACAUGCCAAGUUGCCAAGCUUCUGAAUUUUGAUCACGUGGCCAUGGGGAUGCUACAACAGUCGUAAUUGUGAAAAACGGUCACAAGUCACUUUUUUCAUAUCGUCGUAACUUCAAACGGUCACUUAGGCACAUGGCUGUAAGUCGAAACUACCCAUAUUUCUACCUUAGUGAAUGUCACAAUUGGGUGGGGUACUUCAUGAUGCUGCCUUUAUCCUCGUUUAAAGAAGCUACUUCCCCAAAUUAUAGUUUUGUUUUGUUUUUUGUUAUCUGUGCAGUAUAGGUAGUCCUCAACUUAUGACCACAAUCGAACCCCAAAUUUCUGUGGUUGUGAUACAUUUGUUAAGUGAGUUUUUUCUCAUUUUACAGCAUUUUUUGCCACAGCUGUUAAGUGAAUCACUGCAGUUGAUAAGUUAGAAAGCUGGUUAUUAAGUGAAUCUGGCUUCCCCGUUGAUUUUGCUUGUCAGAAGGCUGCGACCCUCAUAAAUACGAGUCAGUUGCCAAGCAUCUCAGUUUUGAUCACAUGACCAAAUGGAUGCUACAGUGGUCGUAAGUGUGAAAAACGGUCAUAAGUUUCUUUCAAUGCUGUUGUAACUUUGAACUGUCACUAAAUGAACUGUUGUAAGUGAGGACUACCUGCAUGUCCCUAUGACAGAGGCCAUGCUGCCAUGCUGCUUCAGAGGGCUCCCAUUAAAGCUAGUUUACAAUAGGGUUAAGAGCUAGCAACUUGACAUCUUGCUCCAGGUAGUCCUCAAAGUUAUGAUGGUGCUGAAUAAAAGAUGACUAAUUGCAGAGCGGUGAUGUGAUUACAACUCAGGAUCUUGGCAACCAGCAUUUAAGAUGGUUGCGGUGUUCCCGGAGUUACGUGAUUGCCAAUUUUGCAACCUUCCCGGCUGGCUUCUGACAAGUAAAAUCAAUGGAGGAAAGCCAGAUUUGCCUAAUGACUGCAUGCCUUGCAUAACGACGCUGGUAAAAAAUGUUUUAAAUCAGGGUGUGGCCACAUAAUUCUGUUCUGCCCCAGCUACGGACCCCAAAGAACGCAGCACACACCAAGUCUGUACAAACCUUAGUUUACUAAAUUAAAUCAGUCUUUUUCAAACAAAGGCUGUUAAUUAACUUUCUUAACAGCCUACAAGAAUCCAAAGAAUAAAUAAUCGUAAUCUUACUAUGGUUGGCAGAAAGCCCAGAAGCAAUUUGCAAGAAACUGAUAAAAGAACUAAGAUUCAGACGCGAAGAAGAGUGAACGAAAUUAUUCCCUGCAAAUUGCUUCAGUCGUCGUCCUUCCUUAAAUAGGCUAAGGGAGUGGCCAAUUAGCCCCAAGCCUUACUCUCGAGGAGACCUCCUCCUGAAGAGCCACUUCUGCCUUUUGGCAGCUCUGCGCGCCCGUGCAUCGAGAAGAGGCUCCUCCUCUUCUUCUUCUUCACUUAUGGAAGUUUCUGGAGGUUCUGAAGGCCCUGGCUGAAUCCCCACCUCUGGCACCACAUCUUCUCCAGCCUCCUUAUUGUCUGACUCGAAUGCCAGCUGCACAGGCUGCUGGCGCAGCACCACACCAGCCUCCUCGCUGUCGGAAUCAGCUACUAGCUGCACAGGCCACUUAUGGGCCACAACAAAUUCAUUUAACAACCGCAUCGGUUAAAAAUAGAAGUUCCAGUCCCAAUUGUGGUUUUAAGUCAAGGACUAUCUGUAUAUUAACCAACACAACAUCUGUAGAGAUUCUCAGUCAUCUGGGUCAUGGUUGUCCCAAAGGUGCUUUUUUCAGGAGGCAACUGGACUUUCUUGUUUUUUCUUUGAAGGUGUUUAGCUUCUUAUCCAAGAAGCUUCUUUAAUUCUGACCUGAUAGUGAAGAAUGGAAGGAUUUAUAUUCUUUGCAGACAGCUGGCUAUUUGCAUCCUUUUAAAGCAGGAGUGUUAAACUGGCGGCCUGUGCAGUGGUGAAAUAUGAACCGGUUUGCUACUGGUUCGCUGGCCGUGCAUGCGUGCUGUGCACCAAGCACGCACUGCGUGCGCUUGCGCACCACACACCAAAAGGAGGCAUGGGAAGGUAAGUAGAAAAGCGGGGGGGGGGGGGAAUCAGCUGUCGUGCGCGAUCUUGGGAACCUUUUAAAAAACUUUUUAAAGCGUUUUUUACUACUGGUUCAGGCAAAUAGGUAGUAAAAAAAAAAUGCUUUAAAAAAGUAAAAAAAAGGCUCGAUCACAGCUGUGCCAUGCGAUCGUACAAGCCUUUUUAUUACUUUUUAAAGCAUUUUUUUUACUACCUAUUCACCCGAACCCGUAAUAAAAAAAUGCUUGCAACACGCAAUUGUCGGAACUUUUUUUUUAUUUUUUAACUACUGGUUCCAGAGAACCUGUAAUAAAAAAUGCUUAAAAAGUAAAAAAAAAAAAAAAAGUUCCCAUGAUCCCACAUUGCUCAGCUGAUCGUGGGAACUUCUUUACAUUUUUUUAUUACCAGUUUGGCAAACCAGUCGCAUUUUUUACUACGGGUUUGGCCAAACCGGCAGCAUUUCACACCUGGGCCUGUGGGCCGGUUGCAUCACACACAGGCCAUACCCACCCCAGCUCCGCAAAGGGAAAAAAAUGUCACGAUAUGUCGUGUGAUGGAAACAUAAUGCCACAAAUUUGACACCCGUGUAUUAGAGGGUCGUUAAAGCACUUGGACAUUUAUCUGUGUCCUUAAGGUCACCUGACGGGUGCUCCUGUAAUCUGCAAUUUUUUUCUCUGUAAAUUCAUUCCUACUCCGGCAUGAUUCAAAGUGUGUUCAUCCCAAAUUGGGUAUCAUCCUCUUUUAGCUAUACAAUUCGGAAUCCUGUGGGAAUGCUUUAACGACCCUUUAAAAGGAUGCAAAUGACCAGCUGUCUGCAAGGAAUAUAAAUCCUUCCAUUCCCCACUAUCCUGUCAGAGCUGAAGAAGCUUCUUGGGUGAGAAGCAAAACUUCUUCAAAAGAGAGGGGAAAAAAACAAAUUCCAGUUGCCUCCUGAAAAAAACACCUUAGGGAUGCAAAAUGGAUCAAGCUUAUUCUAUGAAACUCAAAACUAAUUACUUUGCUUAACUUUGUUUUUUUUUGCUACCAUGCAGCUCAUGAUGUAGAGUUUUAAUUUUCCAUCUGCUCUGCGGAAAAGCAAAAGGAUUUUCUAAGGAUCUUGUUUUUUGUUUAUGCUCUGUAGCCAGGGAAAGCAUAGCAGGAUUUAUUUUCUGGGCCACAGGGUUUUUGGGUUUUUUUGGUAAUCUGAAGUAAACGUAAAAUUAUACUUUGAAGUUUUUUCAUUGAGCUAAUUACAGUAUUAUCUAGAAAACGUUCAUUAACCCAUUCAAGAAGUUUCAUUAAUGUUGACAUUAUACAGAUAAUAUGUUUAUGAUAACUACAAGAAAACUACGAACUGAUUUAAAACUCCGUACCGAUGCUUCUACCUGUUCUUAUCCAAAGGUAUUACUUUCGCAGUCAAGAGAGUAAAAUUCUGUCUGAGAACUGAGACAUUUUGACUAUUGACUGGAUUUUAGAAUAAUUGUAAAAACUUCUAAAUGCCCUUUUAUCGUUAUGGAACAGGCCCAUCUUUUUAGAGGUGUAACUGUUCAGAACUCUAUAGGAUUGCUUACUUUUUCUGCUGAUGAUUUGUGCUGGAUCCAUUCCAAGCUCUGUGUACCCACUAUACUACAAAAACCAUGGGCAGGAAGAACCGUCAUUAGUGGUGAGUCAAUGACAUCUCAUGGACUCAUCUCAAGAGGUGAGCAAUAGACGAAGUAGUGACCUCCAAAAGUCACAUAUGAGCUUCUCAUUAACUAAGUCAGUCAUCAGAUCGUUGACAAAAUUUGGGUGUUUUUUUUUUUUUUUAGUCAACGUUCUUGGAUUAGCUUCAGAACUUCAUUCGUAAGAGCCAGGAUGAAAACAAAAUGAAAUUGAAUGCUAUUCUACAGUUAAAUAAUUAAGAAGUCUACCUGACACACGUACCUGUAACUUAGUCAUUUCCACAGAAACUAGUGUUUCAAUCACUGAGACAGAACUUCCCCAUAUCAGGUAACGUGUUUGAAAAUAGGGUGUGAUCUGGUCCUAGUAUUAUGUGACAACAUUGGAAUAGACCAGGUUUCAACUUUAUUGCUUCAUUAUGACAGUUGCGUGUUUGGGCAGGGGAAUCAUACAAUGGUGAAGUCACUCUCCUUUUCGAAACAAAACCAGCUGGAGGGAUAUUUACAAGGUAGUGUGAACUGUUGAGUUUCACGGAUUCCCACUUAGGUCAGAAAGAAGGUAGGUAGUCCUCAAUUUAUGAUGGGUGGCUUAACGAUAAAGGGCCUGCCCAGGGGUACUUAUAACCCAGAUCUGAAGUUUUCAUUGCGGUCACAUGAUCGCAUUUGGGUUGCUCAGCAACUGGUCCACAUUUAACAGCUAUUUGCACUGUCCCGCGGUCACAUUAUAAGGUUGUUGGUUUUUUUGCUAGAAACUGGCAUUUAUUUCCAGGUUUCAGCAAAAAUACUCCCGUUGUGAGUAAUGGAUUCACUUCUCAACAAAUGACUUGCUUUACAAUCGCCAUAUCCGCUUAACGACCAUCACACAAAAGGUUGCAAAAUUGGGAUCAGUCUUGUGACCUGUUUUAACAACCGGCAGGACUUAAGAGUUGUAAGUCGAGAAUUAUCUAUAAUAAAAGAACAAAAGCCUUGAAAUUCCUAGAAACAGGACAAUAUAGGUAAUCCUUGACUUAUAACUGUUCAUUUAGUGACCGGACAAAGUUACAACUGCACUGAAAAAAGUGAUUUAUGUCUGUCUUUCACAGUUACGACCUUUGCAGCAUCCCAUGAUCACCUGAUCAAGAUUCAGAUGUUUGGCUACUGGUUCAUACUUAUGACUGCUGCUAUGUCCCAAGAUCACAUAAUCACCUUUUGUGACCUUCUGACAAGCAAAGUCAAUAGGGAAACCAGAUUCACUUAACAACCGGGUUACUAACUUAUCAACUGCAGUGAUUCACUUAACAUCUGUGUCAAGAAAGGUCAUAAAAUGAGACAAAACACACUUAACAAAUAUCUCACUUAGCAACAGAAAUUUGGGGCUCAAUUAUUGUAAAUUGAGGACUACCUGUAAUUGUAGAACACCCUGGCAUGUUCGGUGUUGCACCCAUUUCUGUCCCCAGGAAUUUUGUUAGCCUAAAUAGCUGUGCUUCAGUGCACAAAAAGGCCCUAUAAUCAUUUCUACCUGCUGUCCCAGUGCUGUGUUAUGUCUCAAUUUCUCACUCAGACAUUGCAAAGAAUCACUUCGCUAAAAAUAAUGACUUUCCAAUCAGCUGGUAAAAUAAUUUAGUCAUGGACAUAAUGUGCAAGCCUAUUGAAUUUCUCUUUCAGAUAACUAAGGGGAUGCACACAAAAAUCUUGUAUCAGUUACAUAAUGGAUCUGUACUGGAGUAACUAUACAUUUAUCGGCUCACUUUCUCACACUACAGUCAUGGUGACAAGGAAACACACUCCUCGACUUACAACCACAACUGACCCCCCCCCUCAAAUUUCCAUUGCUAAGCAAGAUAGUUAAGUGAGUUUUGCCCCAUUUCAUGACCUUUCUUGCCAUAGUUAGGUGAAUCACUGCACUUGUUAAAUUAGUAACAUGGUUGUUAAAUGAAUCUGGCUUCCCCGUUGACUUUGCUUGUCAGACGAUUGCAAAAAGUUAUCAUAUGACCAUGGGAAUGCUGCAACAUUCCCCUGUGAAAAAAGAUUUCAGUCUUGUUCAUUUAGUCACUAUAUGAAUUGUUGUAAGUAGAGGACACUCUAGAUACAUUUGACUGAUUUCAAAGCCUUAACUAAUUUCUACUGCAUCCUACUGAUUCAUGAAUUAUUCACAUCACAUCUUGCACAAUUCUUAGAAGUCAUUUGUCCAAUUUUUCUGUCAAUCCAUCCUCAAUUUUUAAGAAAAUGUUAUUGCCAACAGGGUCAAAACAAUAAAUUGAUGUAAUCCAGUUAUUCCAUAACUGUACAUUUAGGGAAAUACUCCUUCCCCCUUUCUUUCAGUUUUGUCCGAUUCUUGGAGACUGGUCAAGUGUGACAGUUUUCUUUGCAAUGGUAUUUCAGAAGUGAUUUGCCAUUGCCUCCUUCCUAGAGUUGAGAAAAGGUGACUGGCCCAAGAUCACCCAGCUGGCUUUGUGCCUAAGGCGGGAGCCAUGAAACUAGAACUCAGUCUCACCUGAUACUUUCACUACUGCAUCAAAUUGGCACUCAUGGGGAAAUAGGAUGCCAAAAAAAUGGGGGCGUUAUAUAAGAUAAAACAAUUCCCACAACAAAUUUGAGGAGCAAUGUUAAAAUUAAAACAUUGCUUUACUUGCCGUGAUAGCACUUAACUUGAAACUCACAAAGCAGAGCAUCAAAAAAAUAGUCUGAAAUUAUUUAAAAAUGUAAAAACAAAAGGCAUGUUUUCAUUUAUGCUGGCUCUUUUCAUAGAGAGCAAUAGAAACGUUCCUGUCCUUCGUACGUUAAGUAAGUUCCUUAGUGAUACUCUUGAAUAACAAUUGAGUAAAAGGCUGUGUAUAGAAUAUUUGCCCUAGUGCAUUUUAUUAAUUUUGUACUGAUGGUGUUUCAGAUUAAUUGUAAUCAUAUGCUUUCAUCAGUGUUUCUCAAUAAUAACUCAUUAAAAAUGUAAUUUCAUACAG